AUGGUUUCGUCGCCAGCCGACUUAACACCCGAUUUACAGAUUGCUAAAAAGGCAAUGGAAUCACCUUGGGUCGAGAAAUACAGACCCAUUGAUUUAAAAGAUAUCGUGGGUAAUGAAAAUACCAUCUGUCGUUUGUCCGUUUUCGCUCGAGACGGCAACUUACCGAACAUCAUAAUAGCUGGUCCUCCAGGUUGUGGAAAAACCACAAGUAUCUUAUGCUUGGCCCGCACUCUGCUAAAGAGUGCCUAUAAAGAAGCAGUCCUUGAGUUAAAUGCAUCGAACGAAAGGGGUAUCGAAGUAGUAAGGACUAAAAUCAAGAUGUUCGCUCAAAAAAAGGUCAGUCUUCCUGAAGGAAGGCAAAAAAUAAUCAUCCUCGAUGAAGCCGACAGCAUGACUGAAGGUGCUCAACAGGCACUUCGACGGAUCAUGGAGUUAUACUCUCGAACAACUCGUUUUGCAUUGGCUUGUAAUGAUUCUUCGAAGCUCAUCGAACCAAUACAAUCAAGAUGUGCUGUUUUACGUUAUGCUCGUUUAACAUCUGCACAAGUGAUGGCCAGAUUGCUAGAAGUUUCGCGUAUCGAAGGUGUUUCGUAUACAGAAGAAGGUUUGGAAGCCAUUGUGUUCACUGCAGACGGUGACAUGAGACAGGCUCUAAAUAAUCUCCAAUCAACUUAUGAAGGAUUUGGGAUGGUCAGUAGCGAUAAUGUCUUUAAAGUUUGUGAUGAACCUCACCCAAUGCUUAUUAAACAGUUGAUUGAUCAUUGUUCUAAGGGUGAAUUGUCAGCUGCUCACAAGAUCUUACGUCAUUUAUGGACUUUGGGAUAUUCAGCUGAAGAUAUUAUCACCAUCACUUUUCGAGUAAUAAAGAAUCAUCCAAUGGAAGAGUAUCUCAAAUUGGGAUUUAUAAAAGAAGUUGGCCUUACUCAUUUACGAAUUUCCGAAGGACUAGGUACAUACCUACAAUUAGCUGGUCUCCUUGCUCGCCUUUGUAAAAUAGUGUUACCAAAAUAA